AUGCCCCCAGCAGUUGGAGGUCCAGUGGGAUACACCCCCCCAGAUGGAGGCUGGGGGUGGGCGGUGGUAUUUGGAGCUUUCAUCUCCAUCGGCUUCUCGUACGCAUUUGCCAAGUCUAUUACUGUGUUCUUCAAAGAAAUUGAAGAAAUAUUCCACGCCACCAGCAGUGAAGUGUCAUGGAUAUCCUCCAUCAUGCUGGCUGUCAUGUAUGGUGCAGGUCCGAUCAGCAGUAUCCUCGUGAAUAAAUAUGGCAGUCGUCCAGUCGUGAUUGUUGGUGGAUGCUUGUCAGGCAGUGGCCUGAUUGCAGCUUCGUUCUCUAACAGUGUUCAGGGGCUUUACUUUUGUAUUGGAGUCAUUGGAGGUCUUGGGCUUGCCUUCAACUUGAAUCCAGCUCUGACCAUGAUUGGCAAGUAUUUCUACAAGAAGCGGCCGUUGGCAAAUGGGCUGGCCAUGGCAGGCAGCCCUGUGUUCCUCUCUACCCUGGCCCCCCUCAAUCAGGCUUUCUUCGGUAUCUUUGGCUGGAGAGGAAGUUUCCUAAUUCUUGGAGGCUUACUACUAAACUGCUGUGUGGCUGGAUCCCUGAUGCGACCAAUAGGGCCGCCCCCAAGCACUGCGAAGAAAUACCAGCCUGCAGAAACCACUCAGGAAGCUGGGAAGUCUGAUGCAAAUACAGAUCUCAUUGGAGGAACCCCCAAAAAGGAGAAAAAGUCAGUAUUGCAAACAAUUAAUCAAUUCCUGGACUUUUCCUUGUUCACUCACAGAGGCUUUUUGAUAUACCUCUCUGGAAACGUGGUCAUGUUUUUUGGACUGUUUGCCCCUUUGGUCUUUCUUAGUAAUUAUGGCAAGAGUAGGCAUUACUCUAAUGAGAAGUCCGCCUUCCUUCUUUCCAUCCUGGCUUUCGUUGACAUGUUUGCCAGACCAUCUAUGGGACUUUUAGCCAACACGAGGUGGAUAAGACCUCGAGUCCAAUAUUUUUUUGCUGCUUCUGUCAUUGCAAAUGGAGUGUGUCACAUGAUAGCACCGCUGACCACCAGCUACGUUGGGCUCUGUAUUUAUGCUGGAGUUUUUGGGUUUGCAUUUGGGUGGCUCAGCUCAGUAUUGUUUGAAACACUGAUGGACCUCGUUGGAUCCCAGAAGUUCUCCAGUGCCGUGGGACUGGUGACCAUUGUGGAGUGCUGUCCUGUCCUCCUCGGGCCACCACUUUUAGGUCGUCUCAAUGACAUUUACGGAGACUACAAAUAUACGUACUGGGCCUGUGGCAUAGUUCUCAUUUUCUCAGGCAUCUAUCUGUUCAUUGGCAUGGGCAUCAAUUAUCGAAUGAAUGACAGAAAAAAAUCGGCGCAGCAGAAAGAGGAAGAGGCCGGUGUAGAGGGUGAGAUGCCAAAAGCAGUUACCAGCAAAGCAGAAUCGCCGGAGCCAAAAAGCACCGAAGAAAGCGCCAAAGAGGAGGAGAGUCCCGUCUGA